CACACACAAAAGAUAUGGUCAGCCUUUCGGGAAGCAACAGCUUGGUGGCUGUAGCUUUGGUAUAUCUAUGCUGCAGCAUAGGUGUGACAGAAGCUCAGGAAAACGCCCAAUUGCAGAUUCCGCCAUCACUUGUGGAAUGCUACAACACCAGUUAUUUUAUGAAUCGCGAUAAUCGCUUGCCCUCAAACCUGGAAACACUCAUCACGCUGAUAGAGAAGGUGGAGAAUUCGUAUGGCUUCGAUCAGGAUAUAACACAAUUGUCGAUUGCCCUGUUGCAUCGCUUCCGCCAGGAUGGCAUUCAACGAGCUCCUGGUGUGGUGGCCUCUCCCGGUGUUAUACCUUACAGUCCAACGGGAUUCCAGUUUCCCAAAUUCCGGAUUUUGUUGUCGCGGUUGAUACCAGGAAACGCUUUGCGUUUCCCCAACAAUACUCUGACCAGAGAAGAACGAUGCUCUUUGCAUUUUAUGCUCUCCAGUUCGUUUGAUACCCAAGUAAGAGGUGAUGAAAACCAGGUCUGCAACAACCUGUCGCAAUACAGAGCCCAGCGAUUGUCGCGUUCAUUGGCCGCCCCACAACAGAAACGCAACAAUUUCAUUGGAGAUGUUGAAAUUCUGGACGGUCUGCAGUCCAGAAAACCAGUUCCCGGAGCCAAACAACGCAUGAACCCCAUGAACUACGACUACGAUUGGGAUGACAUGGGCUAUGGGUAUGGUGGCGAUACGAAUACCAUUAGCCAGUGCCCAGUGGAAAAUGGUGUUAUUCGCACCAAGUGGGGAAAUGUGGCAGCAGGCAAUUUGAUUGCCGGCAUAGCGGCAGGUCUGCAACCCCAAACCGUACAGCUGAGAUCAUUGCUGGCCUUGUCUUCUCGACGCGGGAGCUACGUUCAAAAUAUGCCUCAAGUAGCUACAGUCGGCGUGGACAAUCGUUGGGCUGCUACUAUAGCUGGUGACUUGGCUGAGGUUGCUCUGGUCCAAGUCCCCGUAUCCAGCACUGGCCAGGCAACGGUGGGAGCCAGCGGUGCAUGGAAUAGCACUGUGAUGCCCAAAUGGUAUUUCCUCAGUCAACGUCAAAACAUGGAAAUGACUGAUGCUGAAAUUCGUGGGGGACUCGAUGGCCUCAUCAUUGCCCUCAACAUCCAGUCGUGGCGUCAACAAGUUUCCAACUUAAAGCUGUCCCAGUUGCUGAGAAUGUACUAUUCCCUCGACGGAGUCCUGAACAGUGGCAUCAUGGCCUGUAAUCGGGCUGCUUACUUUACUCAGAACAUCCAGAUGACAACAAUGAAUGUCCAAGCCUCCGCCUUUGCCCAGGUUCUAGAUCGGGAAAUGCAGUUGCGAGUAACAUUGUCUCCGGAUGCCAUAGCCACAUUCGCCGCAUCUGCAGCUACCGCCUUGGGUACCUACAUACCCAACAUGAACGAUGUGUCCUGUUCAGUUAGUAGCGCUCUGCCCCAAGACGUCUCGCAGUCAAUAAAGCCCAUGACCAACAUCUUUGUCUUCUUGGACACCACCUGGCCUUAUUAUCAAAUCGUUGACUACGUAAAUUACGUAUUGCAAAAUCUCAAUAUCAAUCCCUACGCCAGUUCGGUUACACUGCUGGCAGCCCAAGAUGGUUCAGUCAUUGUCAACACCACCAACUAUAUUUCCGAUGUUUACGAAGCAUGGAAUGUGACCACCCACGCGACAUUUGCUCAGGGCUUCAACCUGCCAAAUGUGCUGAGGACAGUGCAAAAUCUCACUUACAAUUACAUGAAUGUCCAGCAGACCAACUCUUCGGUGGGCGGACUGUCCUUGGUUGCGUUGAUGAUUCCCUACAUGGCUACUAUCAGUGCCACGGACUCUAGUUAUGCCACUACUCAGCUGCAAUACAUCAACGAACAAAUGCCCGACUUGCGUUUCAUAUACUACGCCGGCGGCACUGUUAGUCGUUUCUCGUCCUUUGUACAGGACCCCACCAAAGACCUGUUCCCUUUGACCGUUGGUACGAACCCAGCCACAGCAGGUGGCCCGGUCGUAAUGCGCAUCAAAAAGAUUCCCCGACAGAUUGUGAAUCCUCGUUGCGGAGCUAUGUGGUACACAUCCACGUGGGGCACGGAUCAAAUGGCCCAAUACAUUCGUCCUGGUUAUAUAAGUUUCUAUCGCUUGUCGCCCAAUUACUUCUAUGGAGCUGGAACUGGGCGUUACUUGAACAUCCAAUCGCAAUCUUCCUCUGUCCAAUAUACCAUCUGUACCUCGCGCUCCAUUGUUUUGCCUCAACAAAACUCGAGCAGUUCCAGUAGCGAUCAAACCUGUGUCACAUUGCAGGGUAACACGUUUUCCUACGAUCUGUCCUCGGCCUGCAGUGGAUAUUACACCAUCCAUCAGUGCCCCCCGCUUUACGUCUCGGUACAGGCGCCAGCAAGUGGAACCACCCAAAUGUACACUUGUACUGAUCCCGCUUGUCAAUCACCCGAUCAGACACGUUACGUUGUGUCAGUCGUGAACCUUGGCUGCUUUAGUGGAGUAACUGGUUUGUCAGCCAGUUUGCUAACCAUCCUGCUGACAUUGGUGGCGCGCCAGCUCUUCUAA